UACUUUCAGAAUGCACUGUAUGUAUAUCAAUAUUCUAAAGUUGAUAUGAUGAAUAUUGAUAUUAUUAGCUAUAAGGCUACCCCAUGAAUGGCUACUUUGUAACCGGCUGUCCCAACGACUUCUCUUGGGUGGAUUCUUCUUCUCCUCACCCGACACUCCGUAACCUAGCAACGCGGGAGCAAGUGGAACCAAGAUGUUCCUCCGUGGAACAACGCUUUGCCGAUUGAAAUGGGGCCGCAUGAAGCAGCAGUGGUGACUGGGGAAAACAUUCUCUACCCUUCCUUAAUCAGUUCUCAGAAAAUACAUGUAAUAGUUUAAGGUCAAAAGGAAAGAAGCAGUAACCAUGGGAAGAUGCAUGCUUAUUAUUAGCUAGGUUUAUUUGUCAGCUAAUGAAUGAGUCAAUAUUCGAUUAUAAGCAAUUUCAUGCUAGUGUUGCGUUGGACUUAGUUUGGACGAGACAUUUUGUGCAUGUGCCCGUUGCCAGCCCCUGUACUUAUUUAGGCACAUCUGAUAUCAUGGAUUGUAUAACCUUGGGUCGAGAAACUAAUGACCAGCAGCCGACCUGUGACCCCGAGGAAGAUGCCAUGGAUUUGGGGAUGCACACCUUCAACCACACCCAUAUGAGAAAGGCAUUUCAGCUGAUGAAUGACAUGAGGAGUAAGAAUAUGCUGUGCGACGUUCUGUUGGUGGCAGGAAAUGUAGAGGUGACCGCUCACAAGUUGGUGCUAGCCUCCUGCAGCCCCUACUUCUGUGCCAUGUUCACAGGGGACAUGAGUGAGAGCAAAGCCCAGCAGGUGGAGAUCAGGGAUGUGGAUGGACAAACACUAAAAAAACUGGUGGACUAUAUCUAUACAGCUAUGAUUGAAGUAACGGAGGACAACGUUCAGGUGCUCCUGCCUGCAGCCAGUCUCCUGCAGCUGAUGGACGUGAGGCAGGUGUGCUGCGAGUUCCUGCAGAGCCAGCUGCACCCCACCAACUGUCUGGGCAUUCGAGCCUUCGCCGACCUCCACACCUGCACACAGCUCCUCAACCAGUCCCAUGCCUACUCUGAGCAGCAUUUUUCCGAGGUGAUGCUGGGAGAGGAGUUUAUGGGCCUGUCUCUGCAGCAUGUGUGCGGUCUCAUAUCCAGCGACAAACUCACCGUGUCCACAGAGGAGAAGGUAUUUGAGGCCAUUGUUGCAUGGAUAAAGCACGACAAGGAGGCUCGUCUGGAGCACAUGCCAAAGCUGAUGGAGCACGUUCGUCUGCCACUACUGUCCAGAGAUUACCUAGUACAGAUAGUGGAGAAGGAGGCCUUGAUCAAGAACAACAACUCCUGUAAGGACUUCCUGAUCGAGGCCAUGAAGUACCACCUCCUACCCGCUGACCAGCGCCACCUCAUCAAGACCGACCGGACACGCCCACGCACGCCUAUCAGCAUGCCCAAGGUGAUGAUAGUGGUGGGUGGGCAGGCUCCUAAGGCCAUCCGUAGUGUGGAGUGCUAUGACUUCCAGGAGGACCGCUGGUACCAGGUGGCUGACCUGCCGUCCAGACGCUGUCGAGCAGGUGUUGUGUUCAUGGCAGGGAGGGUGUACGCUGUGGGAGGCUUCAACGGCUCGUUGCGGGUCAGGACGGUGGACAUGUACGAUGGGAUGAGGGACCAGUGGACCACAGUUCCCAGCAUGCAAGAGCGGCGCAGCACUCUGGGGGCAGCCGUGCUGGGGGACCUGCUCUACGCUGUGGGGGGCUUCGACGGGAGCACAGGCCUGUCGUCAGUGGAGACCUACAGCUAUAAGACCAAUGAGUGGAUGUUUGUUGCUCCCAUGAACACGAGACGCAGUAGUGUCGGAGUGGGAGUGGUGGACGGGAAGCUGUAUGCGGUGGGUGGCUACGACGGGGCGUCACGGCAGUGUCUCAGCACGGUGGAGGAGUACAACCCAGUCAGUAACCAGUGGGGCUACAUGGCUGACAUGAGCACCAGACGCAGCGGAGCAGGUGUUGGGGUGCUAAGUGGGCAGCUGUAUGCAGCAGGGGGUCAUGAUGGGCCCCUGGUGAGGAAGAGUGUGGAGGUGUACGACCCACCUAGUAACACCUGGAGACAGGUGUGUGACAUGAACAUGUGUCGGAGGAACGCUGGUGUGUGUGCUAUAAACGGACUGCUGUAUGUGAUUGGAGGAGACGACGGCUCUUGUAACCUCUCCUCAGUGGAGUAUUACAACCCUGCCACAGACAAGUGGAGCCUCAUACCCACCAACAUGAGAAACGGCCGAAGCUAUGCAGGUGUAUCCGUUAUAGACAAGCCUUUAUGACUAUCAGGCCCCGACGGCAGCAGGACCCCUCAGCCACAGGUAGCAAUCAAAGGGAGCCACACAGACGUCUGAUUUCACAGUCAAUUCCAUGGAGUAACACAAGCCUGACGGGUGGCUCAGGAGGGAGGGAGACCCCAGCCCGGACAGUGCUCUGCGGAGCUGCAGUCUCAGCCCUGUAACUCUAACCGCAUUCCUUCCAGGCAGAGUGGACUUGAGAGAGACAUUGGCUUCCAUGGUCAAAAUGACCCCAAGACUCAACAAAAUCUGCCUGGAUCAGAGUGUCUUAAGACUGGAGGGGGCCUGUUUUCCUUCAGCCUCACAGGGGGCCAUUUAGCUACAUUAGUAUUAGGAGGGCCUCACUCCCCUCAGACUCCUUACAACUGAUCAGAGGGGGAAAUAAACUGGCCUUGUUUUAAGAGAAGAAGGUUGUUGAUUGGCCUGGGAAACUAGAUUGCAGUCAGCCUGCGGCGUGGGACUGUGACCGUGCAGACACACAUUGUGCUAACACGGGCCUCUCAAACCAACAAUGAGCUCUGGCAGUGUUGUAGUACUUGAGUCUGACUCAAGUCCCGAUUUUCAUGACUUGUGAUUCGGACUCGGACUCGCCUUUUGGUGACUUGUAUUUGCACUUGGACUGGAUAGGCUACUAUAAUAAGGAGAAUAUUAGCAGCACUGGGUGCGCAGAGCAUCGAGGGUUCUGUUCUCUAGCAGUGGGAAGGACGUGCCACACACAGCCUACAUCAGCUGGUGAGCUGCGGGGGAGCAAGACCGGAAGGCAGGCGCCGCCUCCAAUCAUUGGCCGCUACACAUCGCACAAGCAACUUUCUUGUUUCCCCAUAACCAUUAGUCACCAGCUUACUAUUUAGCUUUGCCUGGUUAAGAAACACAAACUGUUUUUUAAAAUGUAAAACAGUACUAGUGUUGAGUUUAAUAGUAAACAACAUUGUAGCUAUUUGUCUCUCUCUCUACCCUGAGGAUAGAGAAGUAAGUUGUCUUUGAAUUUGUCGUCUCGCUCUAGCCGCCCACUUUACCCCCUGCAUCCCAUCGCCAGGGAUGUAUUCAUUACGGAAACUGUUUACUGUUUAAGAAACCAGGGGUGUAUUCGUUACGGAAACCACUUACAGUUUAAGAACCAAACGGAGAAAAGGAAACUGGGAGGGAACUACCUGAAUUUGUCCAAUAGAAACUCUUGUUUACGGUUUCCGUUUGGAGUAAAUGAUUUGGAAAAGUUUUGCAACAGAAUCAGUUUAAUGGUUAUACCCCUGGUUCUGACAAGUCUCCCUUUAGUUUUCAUUCUGCAAUAAAAAACCGAAUCAGUGGGCAGUAACUGAGAGCCUGACUUAAUUUAUGUAGUAAAUAAGUAGUGAAACACAGGUAUAGAGUAGAACUUGUGAGGUAGUGAUGAUUAGUAAGUGAGUUUUUUUUUCAUGAGGGAGUGGUGAUAAUCAGCCAUUUGGUGGCAACUAGAAACAAUGGCUUAAUAAGACCUAUUAUAAAUUGAUGGACUAGUGACUUGACUCAUGACUCGAACUUGAACUUGACUCGGGCUUCAGCCAUAGGGACUCGUGACUUGACUCAGACUCGAGCACAGGGGACUUGGGACUCGAGGUUUAGUGACUCGACCACUGAUGUAGAAAUGCCCUGAUGAUCAGGUCAGUCUCUCUGUUCUCGAUUGGAGACCUAUGGACUGCAGGACUGCGGCACUAUGGUCACUACCAAGGUGAAACCAACAGGCUUUCACUGUCUGCAGCCUGAUUGGGUGCUCCCUUUUUAAUGUCCCCUGUGCUACUGGUCUGAAGAACUCAGCAGGCAGACUGGAGGACCAACCUGGACCAGCAUUCACCAGGAGCCACAUGCCUAAAAUACAAUUUCCAAUUUUAAAUCGAUAUUGUAUUUUUUCGCAUAUUUGAAUUGGCUGCAAUGGGGCACCAUGUUAAUGUAGUGUUUUAAAUGCACCGUAAAGACAACUGCAAAGUGAUACCCAAGAUACACUCAGUCUUAACUUGGCGCGCUCUAUGUGCCAUACUGUUUUCAUAAUGUGUCUGGGGGUUUGUUCACAAACCUUGUUUCUCUCUGAAGGAGAAGUGCCAAAUUGAUGCAAAAACAACGUUAGACAAUGAACACCGUGUGUAAGAAUGAAUGCAUUAUCACCUUUUUGUUUUGUAUUAAGCUAAUUUACUGUAACAUGAGCAAAAUACUACUGUACAAUUUCUGGAUCAGGACCAAUAAUUCUGGUUAACAUUAUUUCAAGCUCAGAACAUCUUUUACCAGGGUUGGUUUAAAUUCCAUUUCAAUUAAAUGUUCUCUUUUUGAAUAAUAAUGAAUCUCUUGACUUGAAGUGGAGUUGACCCCUACUGUCUUUUUCUACGCCUAGCCUAAACUGUCAUUUUUUUCACUGAGAUUCUGGGAUUUUAAAUGAUUCUAUAUACUGCACAAUCUGUAGGUUUACUAUGGUUAGCCACCCCAGAGCAAUGUUGAAAUAUGCAGGACAUAGGCAACUUGUAUAAUGUUAAGUAUAUUAAAUAUUUGAUCAAGGUCAGUGAAAUAUUUUCUAAGGUUUAUUGUGGAUAUUAAAUGAUAGUAACACCUUUAGAAUUCUCUUGAGCAUCAGUCCUCUGUUCAGGGAGCGGUUCCAUUUGGGUACAUGGUUACGGUGGUUCCAUUUGGGUACAUGGUUACGGUGGUUCCAUUUGGGUACAUGGUUACGGUGGUUCCAUUUGGGUACAUGGUUACGGUGGUUCCAUUUGGGUACAUGGUUACGGUGGUUCCAUUUGGGUACAUGGUUACGGUGGUUCCAUGAGGGUACAUGGUUACGGUGGUUCCAUGAGGGUACAUGGUUACGGUGGUUCCAUGAGGGUACAUGGUUACGGUGGUUCCAUUUGGGUACAUGGUUACGGUGGUUCCAUGAGGGUACAUGGUUACGGUGGUUCUAUUUGGAAACGUGGUUAUGGUGGUUCCAUUUUUCAUUUUAAUUUCUAGAACAUCUGACUCUCUUCAUAGAACCAAGGUCCCUUCCAAAUCACCAUGAGCAGUUUUACUUUACACUUUCAAUGCUACUGAAACGAACCUGGCUUUUUAUUAACUUGGACUAUGCAGCUGACUGAGCCACCAUUGUAAGAUGUGGAUUGGUAGGAGGUGUGACUCAGACUGGGAGUGUAUGAGGAUGACAUCUAGUUGUCAGUGACUUUAGUGAAUGCCAUCAGCUCAGCAGCCAUGUUUGUGGCCUUGUACAUUACAUUUCAAGCCACUUGUCAACUUGUCAGAAAGUAGGGCUACUUUCUGUAUUGGUGGGAAUAGUAAUACACCAUAUAUUAUUACUAGCUAUCUACAGCAUGUCACUGACAAUCCUAGACUGAGCAGGGUCACAGGGGGAAGAUCUCAAUUGCAUACUCCGCGUCCUCUCUCCUUGUCUCCUUCUCAAAACCCAUUGGAUGAGAAAGCCAUAGGACCCCCCCCUCUGACCUUCUCAUCCAAUGGGAUUUGAGGAGAGAGGACGCAAGGAGUAUGCAAUUGAGAUCUUCCCAGGGUCCCUCUGGAGAGGUGUGGUCAGAGGUCAGAGCUGGACCACUCAGGGACCUGCACUGAGCCUGCAUAACAACACCAGCCUGGGUUUACAGACCAUGGGUGUCCAAAACCCUGUAUGGCCUUACUGCGUCCAUUCCACCCAACCUGUCCUCAUAUAUCUUCAGCUGCUCGGUUUAUGACCAAUAAAAAUGGCCUUGCAUUUUAAGU